AUGGGCUCUGUUCCUAUCAUCGACCAAGUUCUAAAUCCAUCCUCUCUUCCCCUCCCCAACGACCCGUCCUCUAUCCAAAGAACAAUCAAAUCCCUCUCCCUUUUGCGACACUUCGAAGGCGGCUUCUUCGCCGAAACAGAUCGGGACAAGACCACCGUAACGUCCACGUUCCCUCAAACACCCACGAACCCGACAACCCUCGGCAUGAUCGGAGGCUUCGACCGCCCCGGCUUCGUCCCAACUCUUCGCACACUAUCAUCCAACAUCUUCUAUUACUUUACUCCGUCCUCACCUGUGGGCCACUUUCACCGGAACCGCUGCCGCAUCACGCAUUCCCUUCACAGUGGACGAGGUCGAUAUGUGCUCAUCCACGCAGACGGCAACAUCGAGAGCUUCGUCGUCGGCAAGAACAUCGCCGCCGGGGAAAGGCUGCAGUGGGUCGUUGAAGGAGGCGAUUAUAAGGCCAGCUUCAUCUUGCCAGACGAAGAUUGCAAGAAGGAGGCGAGCGAGGGGCUCUUGAUUACUGAGGUCGCCGUGCCUGGGUUCGAGUUUUGCGAUCAUGACUUCUUGACGAAGGACAAGCUCCUGAGUCUCGUCGGAGAAGAGAAGGCGAUGCAGUUGGAGUGGAUGUUGCUCAAAGUUUGA